GUAACACAGUGUUCUCCCACUGUCUGAGAGGAGAGGUGCUCUUACUGGAGCCUUGCCUGACGUCUUAGUUUCGGAGUGCGGUUUUUGCGUGAGAGUAACACAGGCAUUCUCCGGAUAAAACAUUGUAGUCUCCCGUGCUGUGUAUAACACAUACAACUGUGAUCUUUAAAGAAAAAAAUCAAAGUUCAUUACGGCGAAACUCUAGAAACUGCUGAAACUUGUUAGUAGGCUUUUGUGAGGCCUUUUUUUUCUGUUGAGAGAUGAUGCAAAGACUAAUGAUGUUCAGGAACAAGAGUGGGAAGUGUAUGUGCACGGGACUGCCAGGAUCUCCCCCGUGCUACGACUGUACUUUCAGUCUCAAAAAUCCUCCUCCCAAUUAUGCCUCUAUAUCCGAAAACGUCAAAGGCAGCAUCUCUGGGCACUCCCCUGCCUCCAAACGCCGUGGGACACCACCAGCUUCCAGGAAGGUAUGCCCCAGCACCUCAAAAUGCCUCGAAGACCCUGCCAGUUCUAACUGCAUCCAGGAAGAUCUCUUGGAAGCUACUGACUUCGAAGUGGCCAGACUGUCGCACGCGAUGGGCCGCAUUGGAUUAGCCGUGGCUUUCUUGGCCGACGGACAAGACGCGACGGUAGCAAUGCCCAGUGAUGUGAACACUAAAGACAGUGCUCGGUGCAGCAGUCUACCCUCCUUCGUGGAAGCCACAGCUGAUCACCCUCGCCUACCCCAUCCAAGUUCCGCCCCAGAGCUCGAUCUCUUCAGUUCGCAGACGAGCCGGUGUCCGGCGGGCCGUCGGCUUCCUGGAAAGGAUUACCAUCUCGUAUUGCCGGCCAUUAUCAACCAUCUAUACAGGGACCCUACGCUCACCUCCGAGACGGCGUUACCACCGGAGGCGUCACCACUGCCGUGUCAGCUGCUCGUCCCAGAGUAAUCGUCACCAGUAUGAAGCUGCUUCACUACCUCACACAAGGACCGACCCAACUUCAAGCCUCUUGGUCUUAAACCAUAGCUGCUCUUGAGCACCAGGAGCACACAUGCCUUGGACCGCUGUUGUAGUGAAUGACAUCUAUAGAGUCGUCGCCGUAAGAUCUCAUUUAUGUUAAAACAUCUCAUCAUGUAUAUAUUAGUCAUCCAUUCUGCUAAAUCUUUUGUAUUUGUAAAAAAAAAU